CUGCACGGUUGGGCAUUGAAGCACUUCGAUUUGUACACACAACACUCUCAAUUGUCUGCAUUUCAUUCCUUCUUUUAUUGGUACUCUGCAAAUUUAGAAAAUGAAUUCUGGAAGCAGACUACUCAACAUACCUCGAGAACUGCGCGACAAGAUAGUCACGCUUGUCCUGACCCACCGUCAUCCCAGCCCUCAGACCACGGCCGAAGUUGAGGCACAGGACAGGUUGUCUCUAAAAGAUGUGACAGACGCCUUGGGAGGCAGUGCUUACUACCUAGCUGAUCCAAGCUCAUACAUCCCCAAUGCAGUCGGUCUACUUCGCGCAAGUAAACAACUUCGUUCUGAAACGAAGAGCGCGCUUGAACGUCUCGACCUCGCCCAUGAACUCGAAAUCAAAUUCGUCAACGAACAAUACUUAGCCGCCACAUGGACACUCGUACCCACGCCAACAAAACACUGCAAACGCGUACACGCCAGCUUCCAAAGCAUGGGCGUCUGGCAAAAGCCUGCCCUCCCUAGCAGGUUUCAAGGAGACCCAUGGAUUAUUGGCGACGGAGGACCGCCAUCGUACGUCUGGAUCUUCUACAAUACUCUGGUGCACUUCCUGACUUACGGGGUCAAUGCACCGCACGCAGAAGCCACACCGGGCAUCGUCUCAGUUGAGCGUUUGGAGCUCGACUUCAUUAAUCCUGAAGAAAUGCACUUACUCCCUCCAGAGGAUGACACAAUGACCCUUGAUGUGGCACGUUGCGGCUUUCCAAGUCGAUCCUCCCGACGUCCACGCAUUACUCAAGGACCAGAGCUCCUCCGCCCAGAAUGGCUCGCAAGAGCACUCAACAGCCAUAUGCACCAUUUGUUCAAUAUGAGCUAUCAAUUUGCGAGCUAUGGACGCAUGUUCCACGGGCGCAUUGGAACCAUGAUUUUCAAGGUCAACGGGAACGUUAUCGACAGUAUUGACGUGGGGCAGUUACUUGCGGAGUUGAAGUUCUAUGACAGCUUUGGGGAUGUGAGUAGGUCCAAGCGUGUAAAUAUGUGGAUUGAAUGGAAGCAGGAGGCCCAGAAGGAGCGGAAGGAGCAUGGACUGGAGACGGUGGCGUUCAAGGAUGGCUGGAAAGAGGAGGCAAGGAAGGAUGCAGCAGAGUACUAUAGGAAGAACCCAUCCAUGUGGGGCGAUAUGUAGGACACACUGUUAUGCAGUCACUUUAUGGAGUCUCCCU